AAUGCUGUGGUUAUUUCAGCAGCAGGACACUUCCGUGGUAAUACUUCUUUCUUUUUAUUUAUUUUUCUGCUCAAAAUAGUUUCCCAUCUUGGAGUAAUUUGUUGCCAGAAUAUGUCCCCUAUGGAGGAUUUCAUCGGCACGGCAGCGCAAUAAACGAUAUAAUGAUCCCGAAGUGAGCUGUGAUACUCCUGCUGUGGUCGACUCGUUAACCAUUUAUGUGUUGAAAAGGAAACUCACAACAAAGAAACAAAAUGUUAACUGCUCACCUCAACCCACUGGCCUUGGCUUUCUUUCUCCUACUGCUAUUGGUUGCAUGCCAGCAGGUCCCCUCUAACUGUGUAAUCAAGAGGGAGGAGGAGAAAUGUGCUCAGAUGAUGGCCUUGGAUGAGGCUGGGAAUGAUUCAGAAUUUGGGUGUCCAUGGAUGUGGGACAACCUGACGUGUUGGCAACAUGCCAGUAUUGGUGAUGUGGUUGAAGUCAUUUGUCCUGAACUCUUCUCUCAGUUCAUGAGUGAAGAAGACUAUGAGCUGGGGAAGGUCAAGCGUAAUUGCACAGAGUUUGGCUGGUCAGAGACGUUCCCUCACUACAUUGAUGCUUGUUUAUAUGAAGAAGGAAACAGCAGUCAUCCGGACAUGUACUAUGUGUCAGUGAAGGCUCUCUAUACUGUUGGCUACAGUACAUCUUUAGUAUCCCUCACCACAGCCAUGGUCAUCUUGUGCAGGUUCAGGAAGCUGCACUGUACAAGGAAUUUCAUCCACAUGAACCUCUUUGUGUCAUUCAUCUUGAGAGCUAUUUCUGUCUUCAUCAAAGAUGGUGUGUUGUAUGCCAAGGAGGACAGUGAGCACUGCUUUAUUCACACUUUGGAAUGUCGGGCUGUGAUGGUUUUCUUCCAUUACUGCGUCCUCUCUAACUAUUUCUGGCUGUUCAUCGAGGGUCUUUAUCUCUUCACUUUACUGGUGGAGACUUUCUUCCCCGAGAAGAGAUACUUCUUUUGGUACAUCAUCAUUGGCUGGGGAACCCCUACCUUGUGUGUAACCAUCUGGGUGGCGCUGAGGCUGCAUUUUGAUGAUAUUGGCUGUUGGGACUUGAAUGACAAUGCUGCCAUCUGGUGGGUGAUAAAGGGACCUGUGUUGGCUUCAAUUAUGAUCAACUUUGCGCUCUUUAUUGGCAUCAUCAUCAUCCUCGUACAGAAAUUGCAGUCCCCAGAUAUUGGAGGAAAUGAAUCCAGUAUUUACCUGAGACUGGCACGCUCCACUCUGCUGCUAAUUCCUCUGUUUGGGAUCCAUUACACUGUGUUUGCCUUCUCCCCUGAGAAUGUCAGCAAGAGAGAGCGUCUAGUAUUUGAGCUCGGCCUGGGAUCCUUCCAGGGGUUUGUGGUGGCUGUCCUCUAUUGCUUCCUGAAUGGAGAGUAUAUCCCUCAAGGUGCAAUCGGAGAUCAAGAGGAAAUGGCGCAGCUGGACGGUGAACAGGUACUUUGCUGUGGACCUGAAGCACCGGCACCCUUCGCUUGCGAGCAGUGGAGUGAACGGGGGGACACAGCUGUCUAUCCUGAGCAAGAGCAGCUCCCAGAUCCGCAUGUCCAGCCUACAGGCCGAGACUCCAGCCACCUGAGUAGCACCGCCGGUAUGCCGCAACCAGAAAUGAUGGAUCUGACGUUACGAAACCUACGACACCCACUCUUCUCCCAGUGACAAGCCUCACCAAACCCCUUCCUCAAUCCCUACCCAAAUCCCUACCCAGAUGAAAGCAUAAUGGAAACCACACUUAACUCCAACUCCAACUCUAAUGUCUUGUGUAACAUGCUUUAAG